CUGGAACUUCGCUUCCGCGCUUCUAUUUCUCGGAACUUCCCUCUUGAAAUGAAUGAAGCCCCGCGAAUGGCAGUUGUUAGUUUCAGCAUGUCAGGUUAGAUAAGCAACUUAUGGCAAAGCGAGUGCGGGCCGACAGCGACGCCGCCCAGCGGACUGGCGCGAGGAGCAAGCGGCUUCGUGAAUCCCAAGAAGGAUCGGCUGCUGACCAUGCAAACGACAUUGCUGGAGUUGCGGCUGGCACGGCAUCGCCAGGUCGGCUCCGGCAUCAGGCGGGCGCGGCGGCGGCGGCACCUGACCCCCGCCCCGGUGCCCCGGUAGCAAGAGGUGUUCGCACAAGAGGCGACGCAGGCGACCCACGUGCUGCAUCUCAGUCUGUCCCGCCGCCUCAGCAGCAGCGCUCAACACGCAGUGCUACGGGCUCAGUGCGGACAGGGCUGGGAGGGCGGUGGUCUGGGCGCAGCGCUCCUGAAGCGGCUGUGACGCCUGGCGCACGGUCCACGGCUCGCAUCACUCGUGCCGCGGCCGCUGCGGCCACAGCCGCAGCAGGAGCACCAUCAGGUGAAACUGCGGACGCAGCAGUCAAAGCUGCCCCGCCCGCGGCUGUGCCCGCCGCCGCUUUCACGCUCGGGGCGAGUGAACCCCAGCUACCAGUGGUGAAGCGGGGGCCGGGGCGGCCACGGAAGUUGCCGUUGCCUGCGCCCACUCCCGCUCACACGGCCGCGCCUGCUGGUGGGCUACAAGGCCAUCCACAAGCCCAAGCAGCUGUAGGGGCAGCCGCCGCCGCCGCCGCAGCGUCAGCUGCGCCUGCAGCUGCGAGUGCACCGCUGCCACCUGUUGUGAAGCGGGGUCCCGGACGGCCACGGAAACUGCCGCUGCCCGCGGCCGCGCCUGAGCCUGCUGGUGGGGCGUACGGUCUUCCGCAAGCCAAAGCAGCCACAAAUGCAGCAGCCGUUCCUGCCGCCGCUGCAGCGCCAGCUGCGCCUGCAGCCAAGAGCGCACUGCCGCCACCGGUGGAAAAGCGAGGGCCGGGACGGCCGCGGAAGCUGCCGCUGCCCACGACUGGACCAGGUCCCGCGCCCGCUGGUGCGGUGCAAGGCGUUUCAAACUAUAUAGCAGCCAUAGAUGUAGCAGCAGCUGCUGCAGCCGCCGCCGCGCCAGCUGCGCCUGGAGCCAAGAGCGCACUGCCGCCACCGGUGGAAAAGCGAGGGCCGGGACGGCCGCGGAAACUGCCGCUGCCCGCGGCUGGACCAGGUCCCGCGCCCGCGGGUGAGGUUCCAGGGCCGUUGCAAGCCCCACCAGCCGUAGACACAUUAGCCACGGCUGCAGCCGCCACUAUAGCUGCGCCUGCGGCUGAGAGCGCACCGCCGCCGCCGGUUGAGAAACGGGGGCCAGGGCGGCCGCGGAAGCUGCCUCUGUCUGCGCCUGUGCCCGCGGCUGGGGUGCAAGGGCUUGCACAAGCCCCAGCAGCUGUAGAAGCAGUGGCAGCCACUGCAGCCGCCACUACAGCGGCGCCUGCGGCUGAGAGCGCACCGCCGCCGCCGAUUGGGAAACGGGGGCCAGGGCGGCCUCGGAAGCUGCCGCUGUCUGCGCCUGCGCCUGCGCCGGCAGCUGGGGUGCAAGGUAUUGCGCAAGUCCCAGCAGCUGUAGAUGCAGCGGCAGCCACUGCAGCUGCCAGGUCCGCUGCGCCUGCAGCUGAUAGCGCACCGCCCCGGCCAGUUGAAAAGCGGGGGCCGGGACGGCCGCGGAAGCUGCCGCUGCCUGCGCCUGUGCCUGCGGGUAACGAGCAAGGUGCCGCGCCUGCUGGCCCAGCUGCGCCUUUAUCCCGCGCUGCUAUUGCAGCUGCAGCCGCCGCGGCCGCCGCGCCUCCAACCGCGGUGGCUGUUCCUGCCCUUGCUGCUGGGGGCAGCGGUGCCUUCAGGCCGAUAACGGCGGCGCUGCACCCGGCGCCUCUGAAGCGGCCGCGUGGCCGGCCGCCCAAGGCGAGAGACGCCCCGCCAGCCGCUGUCGCUGUUGUGUCUGAAGGGCUAGAUUCCGCCGGGCCCGGAUCCGCAACCAAAGGGCCCAGUGGUGCAGUGACAGCAGCAGCAGCAGCAGCAGCAGCUGAAGCAGACAACGCGGCCGCCGCAGCCGCGCCUGCGAAACGGCGAGGCCGGCCGCCUGGUGCCUCGUCAGGUGCUGCUGCCGCGGAACGCGAGGAGCGCGGAGCUGGUGACGCACUCGCACAACCCCCGCAGCCAGCACUGGCGAAAGCGGCGGGACCGCAGGGGCAGGUGGCUGCCGCUGCUGAGGGGCUGCAAGGUGGUCAGUUAGCGGGGUCUCAGGCGGUCGUCGAGGACAGCGCGGGCUUGAAGUCAGGCCAGCCGGGAUCGCGGGCCCGCCGGAGAGAGGGCGGCAGCGUGGCGGCAGCAGAGGCGGAGGCGGCGGCUUCAUUGGCAGCUGGAGGGAAGCAGGAUGGCGCGGAGGCGGGCGGUGCCGUUGCGUGGUGGGGUAAGCCGCCGCGUCGGCAGCAGCAGCAGCAGCAGCAGGAUAGGCAAUCACCGGCAAGUCAGACGCAGGCACCCGUGCGGGAGCAGGCAGAGGCCGUGCAGAAGCACGAGCGCGUUGCAGAGGAGCCGCAGGAGGAGCAGCAGGAGGAGGAGGAGCAGCAGGAGGAGCAGCAGGAGCGGGCGGGCGCAAGCAAGACACGGCGGCAGCAGCAGCCUGCAACAGCAGCACAGGCGGCUUCGCAACCGGGGCGGCGGGGACGGACAGGGGCAGCACUGGACGAGGUGGCCGCACUGCCGACAACGACUUCAGCGGGUGAGGCUGCCGCGCGGCCAUCGCACCGACGGCCCCAGCAAUCUGGGCUACAGCCGGAACUACGGCCAAAGCUACAGCCGCAGCCACAGCCGCAGCCACAGCCGCUGCCACAGGCCGCGCCUGCCAGCGGGGCCCGCGCUGCGGGUGCAGCUGCCGUCAGGGCCGCUGGUGACACCGGCAUUGCCGGCACCGCAGGCCCUGUUGCGGCGGGAGGUGGUGCUGUGGGCGGCUCCACCGGCCUGAUGUCGGCGGUGGCGCGCGUGCUGGCGGCGGCGGUGAGGGUCGCGCCCACGCUGGCGACUGCCCGUGUCGAGGCUGGGCGCAGCUGUGGCGGCGGCGGUAGCAGUAGCAAUGACAGUGACUCGAGCAGCAGCGACGGCAGCGAUGGGGCGGAUGGCUCGGAUCGCGAGGAGGAGUCGGACGGUGAGGCUCCCCAGCCAAUGGACGUUGACGCAGCUGUGGGCGGUGGCGGUGGUGACGGCAGCAGCAGCGACGAAAGCAGCGAAGAAAGCAGUGAGAAAGACAGUGUGGAAAGCAGCAGCGAUGACGGGAGUGACGGCGACGGCGGCGAGAGCGACGAUGCAGAUGGAGUAUCUGAGGGGCCCGACGGGCUGGAGGGUUUGGAGGGCGGCGCAGGUGGCAGCAGCGAUGGCGACCGGAUGCAGGGUGUGGAUGGAGAAGGGCCGGGGCCUGCCGCAAACGGUGGUGAGAACGCGGAGGCACGCGCCACCGCUGCGGCUGCGGGGGUCAACAACGGGAUGCCCGAGCCAGGGGCAGCCACGGUUGCGGCGGUGACGGCGGCGCCGGCGCCGGCAGUUGAUGGCAACAAACUGGCACAGAAGCGCGCGCAGGCAGCAGCGGCCAUGCGGCGCCUGCGGGCGCAGCAGCAGCAGCUGGCGGCGGCGGCCCGCACUGCUGCGGGCGCCGGCGCCCUCACGCACGCGCUGCCCCGCGCCAGCUUCAUGGCGGCCUACUACCGGCAGGUGCUGCGGUCGGCGCCGUACCUGCCGCCGUACAGGCACGGCCAGUGGUGUGCUGCCGAGCUGGCGCUCAUGUCGCUCACCCGCCGCACGCUGCCGCCGCUGGGGCGCAGCGCGUCGAAGAUACGGGCCAUGGACAUGUUGGCGCUGAGGGACCGGGCCGCGCUGGAAGCUAUGGACGCCGCCGCCGCCGCCGCGCGCCUGGCCUUCCCGCUGGGCCUGCUGCUGCGCGGGCCGCGCCUCACGCCAGUGGACGGCGCACACCUGCGGGAGCACGCGCGCCUCGCCCGCGCCGCGCGGCGACUUGCGGGCGUGAUCCUGCCCGGCCCCGGGCUGGGCGUGGGCUCUCGUGUCGUUGAGUUUGGCGCUGCGCCUGAGCUUGGCUCCGGGGCUGGUGGUGCUGGGACAGGCAGGGCCGCAUGCGGCACCGGGGAUGCUGAUGCUGGCGGUGGUGCUGGCGGAGGCGGAGGCGAUGGUGGGGCUGCGGUUGGGGCUGGGACCGGGGCUGCGGCCGGGGCUGGGGCUGCGGUUGGGUCUGUUGAGCGUGAGAUGCUGUUGCCGUACAUUGCGGUGAUGGCGGCAGCAGCGGGCGUGGCACCACCGCCGCCGGCGCCAUUGCUACUGCAGCUUCCGCAGCUGCCACCAGGCCUCCAGAUCCCUGGUAGCAUCCCUCCUGUCGGCUCCACAGCCGGCAUCGUCGUGGCCAGCGCCGGCGCCAUUUCCGCAAUGGCCGGCUCUGGCGCCGCGGGCGCCGACUGCGGCUUGGCUGUGGGCGUGGUGGGCGAGGGAGGCGUCGGCGGUGCGGUGCACGUUGACGGCAGGUGGCAGGCGGCGGUGGCGCCGGCGGCGCCGCUGGCAGGCGGGCGCGCGGCCGCCGCUGCCGCCAGCGUCGCCUCUCAGCUCCGACGGCUGCUGCUGGCGGAGCGCGAGGCCCGUGGGUCCGGAGUGGCGGCGGCUGCGGCAGCGCGCGCGUACGGCGGCGGUGGCGAUGGCCACAACGGCAGAGCGACAGCGGAGGCGUUGCCGGAGGCAGCGGCGGUGGUGUCGCCGGAGGCAGCGGCGGUGGCUGCGGCGAGUGCCUUGGGAGUGGCGCCUCUGCGCAGCGCGCUGGGGGCGCUCGCGCCGAUCUGGGCUGCCUGCCUGCCGGCGGCGGCGCUGUGUCCCGGCCUUCCGCUGCCGGCAGCCUCGCCGUCGGCGUCCGUUGCUACAGCCGGCGGGCUCUUGGCGGAUAGCCAGCUGCAGCCGCAGAUGGGGCCCGCGGCGCCGGGGCCGCUGCAGGUGGCCCGGGCAGCGGCGGCGUCGGCAGUUGUGGGGCUGCAUGACUCAGUGAAAGCGCAACGACGCGCCGUGGAGGCUGCGGCCGCUGGCGCCGCGCCGGCGCCUGUAGAGGCGGCGGCGGCGCUGAUGCCGGCGGCGGGGCCGCCGCUGUGCGUUGGCCGCGCUCCGGAGGCGGCGGCGCAGGCGGCGGACCUGGUGUUACUUGCCCUGGCAGGGCCGUGGUGGGGCGGUGUGUCCGGCUGCGAUGUCGGUAGCAGCACUGGCAGUGGCGGCAGCAGGGAUGGCAGCAGCAAUGAUGGCCAGGUGCGGUCGGCGUCUAUGUCGGGUUCUGCAGGCUCGGCGGUGGCGGGGCCGGUGGUGCCAGAGGCGGUGGCGGCGGUGAGGCUGCCUGCUGCCUCGCCGCUGAACGCGAGCGGCGGACUGGGCGAGUAUGCGGCGCAUGCGCUGGAGGUGUUGCUGCCGGCAGAAGGUGUUGACUUGUCGCGGCGCCUGCUGGCCAUUCGCCACGGCGUGGCCACCUGCGCGGCCGCAUCCGCCCCCGCCGCCUCGCUGGCAGCGCCCGUCCGCCCGCCGGCGGGCAUGCUGCGCGUGCGUUUCGGAUGCGGCAUGUGCGCGGCCUGCCGCGACGUCGCAGACGGUAGGGCGGGUGUCGGGGGCGCCGGCGGCGGCGGCACGCAGCCCUGCCUGCGGCCCAUCACGGCCCUCGGCGGCGGCGGGAGCGACAAGGUUCACAUUGGCUACCUCCGGCGGCCGCUGUUGGCGUCGUCUGCGGAGAAGCUGUUUGGGAGGGAACGGGCCGCGGCGGCGGCGGUGGCCGCGGCGUUGGGCUGGCCGCCGCAGCUCGUUUAUUCGGCGGCUGCAGCGGCGGCGGAAUCAGGAGGACAGGCGCUGUGGGGCACAGCAGGGCCGGAGCCUGAGAGCAAGCGGAAGCGGUGGGGGCAGAAGCGUCCGCGUUCGGAGCGUGCGGAGGCGGAGGAGGCGUUGGAGGCGAUGGGACGCGCGGGGGACGCGGAGCUGCUGCGGCCGCUGUGGCGCCGCCGGCCAUCCGCGACACGCAUCUGGGAGGGCAACGCGAACGAGGCGGGAGACGAGCAGGCGCAGCAGGAGGGCGAGCGGCAAUGCCGCGCAACUGCAAUGCCGGGUUCAACGGCCGGGGCCGCCGGCGGCACGUCGGGCGGUACGGGUGCCGUACCGGAGGAGUGUGACUGGGACGACGUGGACGAGCAGUACGACAGCCUGGACGAGAUGCCACUGGAUGUACGGCGCGGCCGCAGCCGCCGCAUCGCCGCCAGGCUGCGGCGGCGGCGCCUGGCGGCGGCGGAGCUGAACGGUUUCCCGACGAACGUCGACGGCGCCGUUACGCUGGCGCCGCCGGAGGCUGAGUUUGCCCGGCGGCGGCUGGCGACGGUGGCGCCGGCGGCGCUGGACGGACUGAUUCUGGACGGCGAGCGGCGGGCUCGGAACGCGAGGUGGCUGACGCCCUAUGCUGACAAGGUGAUGGAGCUGAGGCAGGCGGAGCUGCAGCUGUCGGCGCGCACCGAGGCGCACCGGGCGCUGCUGGGCGCCGGCGCCGCGCGGCCCUGGGUACUGCGGCGCGAGGCCCAGCCGCCGGGCCGCAGCGGCCUCCCGCUGGCGGGGUUGAUCGACGUCACGAAUGGUCCGAUUGCGGCGGCGCCGGCGGCGGGCCGGCGGCUGGCGGGCUGGGAGGGCAUGAUGGGGCCGCGCGGCGCCAGCGGCACGGCAUCGCUGGAGAUGGUGGCGGAGCGCGUGGAGCCGCCGGCAGUGGUGCUGGCGGCGGCGGCGGCGGCGGGCGCGGCAGGCCUCACGCACGUGGCGCUCACCGCGCCGCUGUACCCGCCGCGUGCCUCUGACGCCUGCGCCUGGUGCGGCGCGUUGGGCCACACCAACAAGCUCACGUGCCCGCUGCGAGCGCUGUGCGCGCCGUCGCUGCAGCUCUUAGCGCCGGCACACAGCGGCCCGGGUCGCAGCGCGGCGCCGCAACAGAACCCGCGGCGAGGCGGCGCAGGGCCCGGUGACGGCGCAGGGGUUGCGCCGCAUGCGCCGGCGGCGGCGGUGGAGACGGUGGCGGCGGCGAGGUCGCUGCCUGCUCCGCACGUGCUGCUGCCCGUGCCACUGCCGCCACUUCGCCACCCGCUGCCGCACAACCUGCCGCGCGCUUGGCACCAUUACAGCACAGUGCUUGCGGCUGCUGGCCAGUUGCCCUGCGGCGGCGCCGCCGACGCCGCGCAUGACACGACUACAGUAACCAACUCCUCCAUAUGCGGCGACCUCAGCGGCGCCGCCGCCGUUGACGAUGCGCGGGCCCGGCUUGCAGUUGCGCUGAAGGAUGCAGCGGCGGCGGAGACGCAGCUGCUGCCGCCUCCGCCGCCUCCGGGCGGCGAGGGGCCCGCGCUGUGGGAGCCGGAGCCCGACGUUGUGGAGGUUCGGGAUGCGAGUGAGGCGAGGAGGCUGGCGGCAGCGCGGGCGCGCCGGAAGGGCAUCAAGGCUGCGGAGCGCGCGCAGCGGCGGCUGGCGGCGGCGGCGACGCCGGAGCAGCGGCGGCAGGCGGUGUCGGCGGUGCAUUGGGCGGUGGCGGCGCUUGAGAAGGCCAAGGUGCUGCAGCAGCAGGCGGACGCCAAGCUGCAGCGCCGCACCUACGUGCAGCGGCUGCGGCAGCUGCAGCGCGAUGAGGCGGCGGUGCUGGCGGCAGCGGCGCCGCGCGUCUGGACUGCGUGCCACGCCGCAGGCGACGGCGACGGCAGGCCCGGUGACAGGAAGCGCAGGUCAGGCAUCGACGAGGCCGCGGCGCCGGCCGGCCGCGCCCAGGGCAAGAAGCAGAAGCGCCGAGAAGGGCCAGACGACCACGCGGAUGCUGCGCCGCUGGCAGCCGGCCUCGGCGUGGGGCCGGAGGCGGCGGCGGCCGCCGCCAGGACGGCCGCGGCGGCGGUGGCGGCGGCGGCCGCCGCCACCGGCGACGCCGUGAGCGCCUCGCCGCCGCUGCCCACGUGGCUGCCUCGCGUGCCGCGUGCCACCCUGGAUCUUAUGGCCGCGCUGGACGCCGCACACCCCUGGGCCACCGGCUUUCGCCCCGUGCUACGGCUGGCGGGCCUGGACGCCGACGGCGCGUCGGCAGUAGCAGCAGCCGAGGCUGUAGCGGCGGCGGGCGCGGCGCGGCUGCGCAAGUCGGCACCGCCCAGGUCGGUGAUGCGCAACCAGCACGUGAAGCCGGCCGCUGCGGAGGCCGGUGGCGCGGCCGCCGCCGGCGACGCUGAAGUUGCCGCUGUUGGUGCUGUUGGUGCUGCUGUGGGCACGGGCGCGGGUGUGGGCGGGUUUGCCCAGCACCGGGCGAACGAUGGCGCCGGGGCUACUGCUACUGCCGCGCACGGUGUGGACCAGAGCAACGCCGGGGCUGCUGCCUGCGCUGCAGCUGCUGCGGAUGCUGCUGCGGAUGCUGCGGCGGGCACUGCGGCAGGCACUGCGGGUGCGGCGGGUGCUGCGGUGGACGCGGCGGGGGCGGCGGGGGCGGCGGCCACCACCACGGUGGUGACGUCGCAUCGGGACCGGGCGCUGGCGAACGCGGCCGUGGCGGCGGUGGAAGACGCGGGUCGUGCGGCAGCAGCGGCGCGUGCGGCGCUGGCUGCGGCGGGGCUGCUGCCGGCGCAGCCACGGCCCGGGGCAUCGUCGCAUCAGGACGAAACGGGGCCUGGUAUGGGGGCUGUGGGCUCGGCAUCGUGGGUGCUGCAACCCGCACCCGAGCCGCUCGGGUGCGAGAUGCUGUUGGCUCUGGCACUGUUGACGGAGGCGGCGACGUUGGCCGGGGUGGCCGGAGCCGGGCGCGGGGACCUGCCGUCGAUGCACAGCGGGACAUAAAUACCGUACAGUCUGUGUUGGUGACCUAUAGUUCAUGCUCGCGCAGUUAGGACGGUACGUGGACGUGGGGCGCGGGGCCCGCCCGGCACAGAUAGAGCGAGGCAGUGCGCGCAACCCAGGUCGGAAAUAAAGAAAAAUCGAGCGAUCCGGCCAUGUGAGCAGGUCCCUCUUGUAACCAAUGCAAUCU